CAGUGCACGGGAUGAAUUAUAAUUAGUACCUUUAUUAGAAUUGGUGCUAUAAGGCUGCUGAUGCCUUCAGAGCAUUUGUGGGGAUGCUGUGGCUUUUUUUUCAAGUCCCGGAGCCUUGGGGGAAUUUCGAGCGAUAAAAAGUGGGUGCUAGAGAAGCUCCGGAAAUACAGUGAGCAGUUCCAUUUGGCAGGCCAUGUUGGGACAGUAUUUGCAUGGCUGGCGUCGAUUGCCUUCUAUUGGAGUGGCAUUUUAUAAACCUACUGCAAGGACGUAUUCUACAGCAAGAAAUAAAGUCGCUUGCUACGUAUCAACCAUCAAUGAUGCAUACACCAACCUUGCCAUCGAAGAAUGGUUGUUACGAGAUACCGAACCGAAUCAGUAUAUCCUAUAUCUGUGGCGCAAUACGCCAUGUGUCGUCGUUGGCAGAAACCAGAAUCCCUUCAAGGAAUGCAAUUUACGCUUCAUGCAGCAACACGGUAUUCCUCUAGUUCGUCGACGUUCAGGAGGCGGGGCAGUGUAUCAUGACAUGGGGAACUCUAUAUAUACCAUUUAUAUGCCACGAGAAGAAUUCUCGAGAAAAGCCAACGCAGAGCUGGUGUCACGAGCGUUACAGCAAUUGGAUAUUCCGGCUUAUGUCAACGAACGCCAUGAUAUUACGGUUGAUGGUCAUAAAGUAUCUGGAAGUGCUUACAAGAUCAUCAGUGCGCGAGCUUAUCACCACGGCACCAUGUUGAUCGAUACUGACACACAGAUGCUGAAGGGCUGUUUAUCAAAAAAGUAUAUGAACAAUGACGGGAUUGUUUCCAAAGGCGUAGAAUCUGUGCCUUCACCGGUCACCAAUCUACGUGAAUACUCGUACACAAUCGAUCAUCAACAGUUUUGCGAAUCAGUAUUAUCCGAAUUUGUAGAUGCAUACAAUGAUGGAUUGCCUAUUGAGCCUGUUGUUUUCAACGAGACAAAUGUGCAUCAACUGCCGGAAAAAGUGGAAAAUACCCGAAAAGAAUUGCAAACGUGGGAUUGGAUUUGGGGACAAACACCAGAAUUUACCCACAAUGUCGAUCAUCAGUUCAGUUGGGGCGCUGUGCGAGCAUCGAUCCGUUCUAGACACGGCAUGAUUCUCGAAGCAGAUCUGUCUACCGGUUCUGGGGAUGCCGAUCAGGUCACCAUUAUCUCGGCCAUCGGAGUUGCUUUAGAAGGUUGUCGCUACUCUCAGAAUGCAGUAAUGGAUGCAAUAGAGAAGAUCAAAAUCGAGAUCCCGGGCCUUAUUAAUUCUGGCAACCAAUCCAUUGUGAAUGACGUUAAAGAAUGGCUUCAUAGCAGAUUAUAGAUUUGGAUACAGCAUAUUUGUGGCAUCAUCAUAUGUUUUCAUGCACAAUAACAGCGUCAUAAUAUAUUUCCAUCUCAUCAUGUAAGCAACCAAAACUGUAAUCAUCAAUUGCGUUUAGAUCCGCCUUCGGGUAAUCAAAUUCCCAUGCAUUGUGGCAUCUCUUAUUCGUUACACAUCAGCCUACAAUUGCGAACAAUAACGACGUGCCAAACUGGUAACAUAAUGUUCAGCCAAGGUCUUUCAGCUCUCAUUAUUCGAUUCAAGGUGGCAGUCGCUCAUGAGUGAAGAAUUUAGGGGACUUACCAGAUUUUGUAAUCUUUCAGGCCGAUCAUCAAAUUGCUUCUUUGUUUGAAUAUUUGCUCAAUAAACACACAAAGAGAGGAAAAGCCAGAUGACGUUUUAUGCAGUUGGAGUGUUCGGUUUUUG